AUCUCUCACACGUCAACCAUCAUCGUCAUGGUCAGGAGUUGUGUUACAGGACGAGGCACUAUGAAGGUAUAAAGGAAGGCUAUUGUACAUGUCGUUGUUGUCUCUUCGUCAGCAGUCAUCGUCAGGACAUUACACAGGACGAUGACAUAAGGUUAGAAGAUCGCCUCACACCUUCAUCGUCAUCAGGACCAAGGAACAGUGACGUGUUCCUCUCACGCCUUAACCCUCGUCGGAAGGUCUUGGGGUAAAGCUCCACGAGGGACACUUCUUCAGUACUCUGAAGGUUGUGGCCUGGUGGUGACAACAAGAAGUAAGGGAAGAGAGAGGAAGAAGGAGGAGGAGGAGGAGGAGAGGGAGAGAGAGAGGUGAGAGUAUACUUUAUCAGCCCCGGGGGAGUAAAGGAAGAGUUGGGAGAAGACGAGAAAAAACCAGAAGAGUGAGAGAGAGAAAAAGAGACGUAGAGAAAACAGGAAGAGAAGAUACGUCAAAAAUGAUUACCUGAGAGAACGAAAGGUGUAAUGUAGGUGGUGUCUUGUUAAUGAGGCUGACUGUCAGGUGAUCUUUACUCUAGUGGGUAAAACAAUCGCUGCUUGAGUUCUCUAGUGACUGAGAAUACCAGAUUAUUGUGUGACCAUUUCCUCACCUUGUAAGUCAUCACGUUGAGACACCUUGUGGAGUACAGUGAGUGUUCGUUCGUCCAAGAGACACCAGUACCGUGUGAGAGUGGAAGAUUGACCCCAUCACCUGCUGGUACCUGACGCUGCACCUGUAUACCUGCUGAGAUAAUGUAUGGUUAACUUCUAGUGGAUAUAGUUCUCACCUCCUUAAGACUGAUUUAGUAACGCCAGACAUACAGACUCCACUCGAAGAUGUACCUGACGGCGUGGCUGGUGGUGAUGACGCUGGUAGCUCUGACUCCAGCUGCUACUGAGGGCAGAGGACGCGACGCACAGUAUUACCUCAGUAGGUGGUCCUCCAAAAACUCCCCCAAGCACAAGGUGUUCACUCCCUCGGCCACAGAGUCACUGGAUGUCAACAACGCACAGAUCCCAGCGCCCCCAGGCUACACCACCGCCUCCCGUCUGCUGCUGACAGAGGCGGUGACGGAGCUGGUGCCGAUCACUGCAGACAACACACAGAUCCUACCGCCGCUCUCCUCCCCCCGUGGCACAGGCAGCAGGAACACUAACUCUACCGAGGAGCGUGACUCACGGUUCUUCAAGAUUUCAGUGUCGCCCGUUUUCUCGCUGUUCAACAUGGCGUCGGCGAGGGUGAGGAAUGUGGCCUGCACAGCUUCGUCAGGAGACAACGGCACCUGUUACAGCACCAGCGACUGUGCGAGACUCGGAGGUGCCCCGUCAGGAGCCUGUACCGGAGGCGGAGGGUCCUGCUGCGUCUUUCAGCUGUCGUGUGGGGGCGUGGCAACACAGAACUGCACCUACUUCGUCAACUCAAACUACCCUACGGCCUUCGAUGGCGUCGGGUCCUGUCAGCUCACUGUCAACAAGAUCCGUAAUGACAUCUGUCAGCUGAGGUUGGAUUUUGACACCCUGACACUGUCCCAACCAGAAAAUAAUGAUCACCAGUGUGUCAAUGAUCGCUUCACUGUGUCAGGUGGGACUCCGGUGCCAACUAUAUGUGGCACCAACACCGGCAACCAUAUGUAUGUUGACCUGGGACCCGGAGCCACCACGCCCUCUGUCCUCACCUUCGUAACUAUGGGACCCUCGUUUGAAAGGAAGUGGAAAGUCAAAGUUACUCAGAUCCCCUGUAACUCCGACUUUACAGCCCCGACAAACUGCCUCCAGUACUAUCAAGGGGUCACAGGUCAAGUUAAGACGUACAACUAUGACCUGACCUCCGGCCUUCAGCUGUCCAACCAAGACUACACAAUGUGCAUCAGAACUGAGAAGAACUUUUGUGGUAUACAGUAUAUGGCGUGUACUGAUACAGUGAACGCAGAGCCGCAGUCCUUCAGUAUCACAGGCAGCACAGCACAGCCCGUAGGCAGCGUGGUGGGGGCCGCCGACUGCACCAGGGACUGGGUGACCAUCCCUUGUGUGUCGGUCGACUCCAGGAGCCCAGCGACGAGCUGUCAGGAUAGGCUGUGCGGAGAUAACCUCAACACCAUCGCCUCUACUACCGGAGGCAACGUCAGGGUGUUUAGUUUCGUGAAGCCGUUCAUUUUGGUGUAUCACACAGACUCCCAGGAGGCGAGCUCUAGUCCAGCCGAGGUGGAGAACCGCGGCUUUUGUCUCGAUUACGUUCAGCAGCCGUGUGUCUAGUGAGGUUGGUGGCGCGUGUCUCUCUCUCUCUCUUUCUCAAGUUGACACAAGAGUAGCUUAAAGUUUUAUCUGGGGGUUCAUGUUUGAUAAAGAUAUUGUUUAAACCUUUUGAGGAUGAUGGUUUAAUCCUCUGAUGACAACAGUGGUUUAACCUGUUGAGGACGAUGACUCAACCUUCCGGAUCUCAAAGGGUUAAGGACUUGCUGUGACGUCAUGGCUCUGUUAAAGACAGUAUUCAUAAUUCAAGACAAUCCACACACCGAGCUUAGUGGUCUGGGCAGAGACCACUGUACUGUGCUGUGCUGUGCUGUUGUUGUUGUUGGUGUCGGGUGAAGUGAAUCCAAUAUUGAGUGACGAGAAACUGUUGUCAGGAGUAGCGUAGAGAAAAUAAAAGGAAAGAAGAAAUAAAACAGUGACGAUGAUCACCUGUACCGUAUACAGUACACCAGAGAAUGACGGGUAUACUCUAACGUGUGUACCGACAGAUAUAUAACGUGUGUACCGACAGAUAUAUAAUGUGUGUACCGACAGAUAUAUAACGUGUAUACCGACAGAUAAGAACUAUAGUUUAUAGCAAUAUACUGUAUUAUAACCAGUAUUAUAUACCGUAUAUUAGUUAUAUAUUUCCUAUAAUGAAGAAAUUAGUUAUGAAGUAAUGUAAAUUAACAUGUUAUAUUCACUAAAUAUAUACAUUUAAACAUGUUGAUGGUAAUAUUCGCUUGUCAACAUCAUUAAUUUAUUCAAAUAUACAUUAUGAUAUAUGUAAAUUAUAAUAUACAGAAGAUAUAUGUUCCAUAUUUUGUGAUUAUUUAGGCAUUUCCUUCCUAAACUUCCUAAACUUUUACAUUAAAUUACAAAAUAAAAAUUAAAAGUAAAAAAAUAAAUACAAUCAUGAAGAACAAAUUUUUCUUUGAGCUACAAUAUUCACAAAGAAAUAAUUAACUCUUAUUAUUAUUUUGUUAGUUUUACGGUGAACAAAGGCUAGUUUAUUGUACACCUGUUAUUCAUAAUGUGAGCAGUAACGCACUGAAAGAACACACAGAGGAGAUCUAGAAUAUUAUUAAGAGCGCUCAGUUGUCAGGUAAUUGUGGCUUUGGUUGUUACACACUAUAUAUACCAUAUUGUGUCUCAUUCUAUACACGGAGUCAACUUCUCAUAGUCUUAAUAUAUCGACUAUCUUGUCAUCUAUAUUAUUGAAGCCAGUGUGUGCUUACUGCCUAUUGACGUCACAACUGCAGCCCACAGUUGGUGCACUUUACUGUUGUUGUUGUGGUAGAAUGAUUCAUUAAAAAUAAUAAACAAUAAAUAGAAAAGUAUUAAAAAACAACAAAAAUAUAUAAUUAGGUUUAAAAAUAAUAAUAAAAGGAUUUUUGAACCUUUACUGUAUAGGUUGUUUCUUUCUGAAGAUUAUAAAACUCGGAUCAAAACAAUAGGUAAGUAAAAUGAUAGAAACAAUUUAGAUUAGGUUUGUAGUAUAGAUAAAGGAUUAAUAUUUUAACUUAGGCGAUAAAUAUGAUUAGUUGCGUGUGUUAUAUUAACUAGGCCCCGCCCUCUUUUUUGUCUUCCUAAGCAAUCGGUUCAAUUUGUUAAGUUGGUUGGUUUUUGGUCGCGAAGAAAACCAAAAUUGGGUGGCGUUUAGUUACAGCCUUCAGGUUUGAUUGGCGGAUUGUUGCUUAGGAAGUCAAGACUGGGCUGAGCUUUAAUGCUGAUGAACUAACACCUUCAUUCCAAUGUUUAUACUGUGUUGUCUGUUAAAUAUAUUAUUUCUCUAAUAAAAUUUUUGUUUUACUAAA